CUUUUUUAGUGUGCUUUUUGGCUUUUUCACUUUUUCCUUGAUUAACAAAUUUCCCGAUUUCUUCUAAAUUUUUCCCAUUUUCUCGCUCUGAAAAGCUGAAAUUAACAUGGGAAGAAUUUCCAACAAGGGUAUUUUUGAUGGAGCAUCGGAUUCUGAUAGCGAAAUUAAAACGGAAAAUCAGUACGCAAAAAACUACGACGUAUGGAGGAAGAAGGAGGAACUGAACAAAUUAAAAACGAAAUACGGAGAAGAUGCUCUGGAUCACGGCGAAUCAUCUAGCUCUUCAGAUGACGAUGAUGAAGCUGUAGAACUAACUCAAGAAGUUGAGAAAGAUUUCUAUAAAACAUUGGCUUGUCUCAAGAAAAAAGAUCCCAAAAUUUACGAUAACAAUGUUACAUUUUUUCAAGCCAAAUACGAUAAAACUAAAACAGAGAAAAAACCUAAAGAUCGGCCAAUGUAUCUGAAAGACUACGAAAGAAAAUUGUUAUUGGAAAAAGGAGGCAUUAUAAGUGAUGAAGAAGAUGAAGUAAAAUCUAGAUCAAGAACAUAUGCAGAAGACCAGCAGCAACUGAAAGAUGAAAUAAUAAAAGAAGCAAAUUUCGAUGACGAUGAUAAUGUAGAUGAUGAGAAAGCAGGAGGUCUAUUGGAAUUAAGGCAACAGCAAAAAACUAAAGAAGAAAAUGAAAAAGAAUCUGAAUACUUACAAUGGUUGACUGGACAAAAUGAGGAAUUGAAAGAUGACAAAAUUAAAACAGAACUUAAACCUCUUAAAGAUUUUUGGAAUGAUCCCAAUUUAGAUAAUGAAGAAAAGUUUCUGAGAGAUUAUGUUUUAAAGAAAAGAUAUCUGGAAAAUGAUAAUGAAGAUUAUAUUCCAACUUAUGAAGAAAUUGUACAUGAUUCUGACAACAGUUUAUCUGGCGAUGAGGAAGAAAUUGAAAAACAAGAAGAGUUUGAACAUAAAUACAAUUUCAGAUUUGAAGAACCUGAUCAAGAAUUUAUAAAAAGAUAUCCUAGAACUGUUGAACAUUCACUGAGAAAAACUGAUGACAGAAGAAAACUAAAACGAGCAGAAACAAAAGAGAGAAAGUUGAAAGAAAAAGAAGAAAAAAUGGCCGAUAUAAAGAAAAUGCAAGAGCUGAAACGUAAAGAAAUUGAGGAAAAAAUUGAGAAACUUAGAGAAGUAACGGGCGCUACCGAUUUAGCUUUUCAUGACGAAGACAUAGAUGGAGACUUUGAUCCUGAAGCUCAUGACAAAAGGAUGCAAGAAUUAUUCAAUGAUAAUUUUUAUGAAGGUGACGAAACUGAUCAGAAACCUGAAUUUCCUGAUUUGGAUGAAGAGUUAGAAAUUGAAAAUUGGGAUCGCUGGAAUGGAGAAGAUACUAAUGAAGAACAAGGUCAUGAAAUGCAUUGUGAAGAUGGCAAUUUCAAUAUGGAUGCAGAUUAUGAUCCAACAACUUCUCUAAAAGAAGAACUAAUUGAAAACAGCAAAGGCCGUAAAAAACGUAGAAGAAAGUCAAAAGUUGCGGAAGCUCUGAGUCGUCCUAAACCCAAAUACGAUCCAAACGAUAAAACCUAUGAAAAAUACUUUGACGAGUAUUAUAAGCUUGAUUGUGAAGACAUUAUAGGAGACAUACCAUGUAGAUUCAAGUAUAGGGAGGUAUUGCCUAAUGAUUUUGGUUUAACUACCGAAGAAAUCUUAAUGGCCAAAGAUAAGGAACUGAAUAGAUGGUGUUCAAUAAAAAAAGCCAUACAACGAAGGCCAGAUAAUAUUGAAAAAUAUGAUCAAAUUGCUUAUGCAAAAAAGGCCAAUAAUGUUGGUUUGAAAAAGAAGCUUUUGCCUAGUUUGUUUUUGGAGGAACCUGUAGAUGCGGAAAACAAUCAACCUUCAACAAGUAAUGAAGCAUCUGUUGCAAAAGAAAUGAAAGAUGAAGCUGAACAAAAGCCUUUAAUUGGUAAAAAAAAUUCUAAAAAGAAAAAUGUUGCAGCAGAAAUGAAAGAGGAAACGGCUAUACAACAAGUUGAAGAUAAAAUUGAAAGCCCUCCUAUGUGUAGUAAAAGCAAAAUUAUUCCGGAAAAAGUUAAGAAGGAAGAAGCUAUGGAUGAUAUCGAACAUAAAACAAAUGGAGGAUCAUCAGAAACUACAAAUCAAAAACGUAAAAAGAAAAAUAAGAAGAAGAAGAAGAAGAAAGCAAAUGUUGAUAAUAACCAGUCUAAAAAUUCACAAGAAAAAGUUAAGGUUGAGGCUGCUGAAACAAAUUCUUCAAAUACAAUAAAUAAGAAAAAUGGUAAGAAGAGAAAACGCGUAGAUGCAGAUAAUAAUACCAAAAAUCCUGGAGGAAAAAGGAUGAAGAAAGAUGCAAAAAUUGCUAUAUCUGAUUCAAGAUUGACCGCAUUUGGUAUAAAUCCCAAAAAGUUUAAAAACAAACUUAAAUAUGGGAAUAAAAAUAAGAAUUGAAAAAUUUAAAUUAGUGGGGUUGCAGUCAUGUAUUAGGCAAAUUAGGCUACUCUUUUUUGAAAAUUUUUAUUUCCUUUUUCAAGGCUACAGUAUGAAACUUAGCAAUGCUAUAGUUAUAUAAAACAUAACUGUAAACUGAGGUUGAAUUAGAAUUUUUACAAACAGUUUUAUCAAAUUUUUAAAUAAUUUUAAUGUUGCGUUCAUUCUUUAAAAGCUUCAGCUCUAAAAACACAGAACAUGAAAGAAUUAAAGGCGCGUAUUUAUACAGCCGAACGAAUGCGGCCAAAUAAAUUUGUUCGGUAAUGUGGACGUCAUGACAAACAAGAUGGAACGCAUUUGUUCGGUACAUCAAAGGAAAUUUGGGAAGAAUUCGUUUGAUCUGUAUUAGCAUUCGGUGUAUAUAUAAGUACCCUGUAUCGACAUAUCACAAAGUAACCAAUAACCUUUCCGUUGAUAGUAUUGCUUAUAAAUGAUGUAUACUUUUUUGCAAUUUUAAGACCAAUUUGAUCCAAUAACCAGUCAAAAUCAGUAGAGUUACAAGGAAAUCAUCCUCCAGCGCUUUUUUCUCUCUGUUUGAUUAUCGAAUGUUCCACUUAUACAGUGUGUCCAAGAUAAGGAUGGGAUAGCAACUUUUUCCAAAUCUAACCAACAUUGUAACUCCAACCGUUUCCCAGAUCCUGUUGCUAUCCCAUCCUGCACUUGCAAUAAAUACAUCCUGCUGCGACAAUGGUAAAACGGCCUCAAAUAUCUAGUCUAGUUAAGUUAAUUCUGUUUAUUUCAAAAUAACUAGCCUCUAUAUAUGUAAAAUUCAUAUCAAAGUUAAGAAAAAUCUUUAAACUAAAAUACAACAUUAAAAUAAAAGCAAAACAUAAAAUUGUUUGUUUAAUGGUUAAUAGCUUGUGAUGAAAUUAAGCCAAUGAAUGGGAUAGUGAAAUUAAAACCAUUUUAUAUCCAUGAAGCCUUACCAGAAUUUAUAACAAUUUGUGCAUAAAAAACUUUUUUCUAACAAGAAUAAAAAGAUUUAAACAAAAAAUACAUAUUGAACUAAAACAUAAAUAAUUUCAAUCAUGUCACUUAUGUAUUAACAGAAACCAAAAACAUCAAUAAAAGCUUGGCCACUCUUGGUGAUGUCAUUCAACAUUUACAUAAUAAAUCAAGACAUAUCCCUUAUAGGAAUUCAAAAUUGACAUAUUUGCUUCAAUCUAGCUUGGGAGGAAAUUCCAAAACUUCAAUGAUAGUGAAUAUUUUCUCAAUUGAAAAUUGCUUUAUGAGGAGUGUAAGGUCUCUUUGUUUUGCUGCUAAAGUGACACAAGUCAUCUGGAAACAAGAUGAACGUGGGCACUAUGAAACAGUGAAAUAAAAAAUAAUUUUAAAUUUCAACAAGCUUGUCAUUUAAAUGUUAAAUAUAUACUUGUCUCUCGCCUGCUAUUGAUUGCUUAGCGUUUUCUGAACCAGCCAGAUAAACUAAAUUCGAACUGCCUUUGUACACCAGAUCUUCCAAAGUUCCUUCUAAAUAUAUUUUUUUUUUACAAAUUCAAUACACUACAAAAUAAAAUAUUCUAAAUGGUACAAAGAUAAAAACAAAAACAAAGAUUUACAACCAACAAAAGACUUAACGAAGUGGCACAGCCACUCCCACAAGAAAGCCAAACUACAAAUCUCUCUACAUCGCAUUUUCCUAACGAUACUAAACUAACAGAAAAAACAUCACAAUCGUGGAAAUACCUAUUAUAACUAUAAACUAGACGAAGUACAAAAGCAUUAAGAUCAUAGUUAGUUCUGUGAUAACGCUUGAAGAGCACAGGACCGAUAUGCGAACCCUGGGAGACGCCAGAGGUCACAAGUACGUCACAAGAUACAGAACCACGAAACAGUAACAAGCUGACGACACUGAGAUAAGUAGGAUUUAAUCAGUUCAAUGUAAUUACCAGAGACACCAAUCUCAGUGAAUUUAUCAGAUAGACAACAUAGAAUUAAAGGAAGUUAUCACAUUAUAAAAAAGUGAUUUGAUUAAAUAUCAAACUGAAAGGAAAGUGCUACAAUAUCAUCCAAGAUUUCAAAGGCAAUAUUAGAGUUUUUUGCAGGGUCAGACCACCACUUCCUUCAGAGCUAAAAAAAAUUCACUGUAGCAUAGAGUUUAUUAACGAAAACGGUAUUGAAAUCAGUAAGAGCCGCGAAAGCUAUGAUCAAUUCACUUGUUAAAAGAGUUAAAAUCUGAGUUUACCUAUGACAAAGUGUUUGCCUCCCGGAGUUCCCAAGUAGAGUUGUUUGAGGAUCUUGCACAAUUGGUACAGUGUGCUCUUGACGGAUACAAUGUCUGCGAUUCUGCCUAUGGCCAGACUGGGUCAGGUAAAACUUAUACUAUGCAAGGCGGUGCUGAAAUCCAAACAGGAAUGAUUCCUAGGAUUACUAAUUUUUUUAAACAUUGCUGAGCUUCAAAGACGUGGAUGCGAAAGCAAGCUUUUUGGAGAUUUACAAUGAAAAUAUAAGAGAUUUGCUCACCACAGAUCAGAGGCAAAAACACGAAAUUUGUUUCAAUGAAGGAAAAGAGAUAACAGUGACAAAUUGGUCAAUACAAUAUAGACAAUUAUUUCGGCAGCAGAAUUAGAACAUUACAUGAUAUUGGCGCACGGGAACAGGGCAACAGCAGCUACUGAUUUCAAUGAGCAUAGUAGUCGGUCACACGCUGUCACAAAAAUUCAUUUAGAAGGAUCUUUGGAAGAUCUGGUGUACAAAGUAACAGGCGAGAGACUAACAGAAACCAAAAACAUCAAUAAAAGCUUGGCCACUCUUAAUGAUGUCAUUCAACAUUUACAUAACAAAUCAAGACAAUAUCCCUUAUAGGAAAUCAAAAUUGACAAAUUUGCUGCAAUCCAGCUUAGGGGGAAAUUCCAAAACUUUAAUGAUAGUGAAUAUUUUCCCAAUUGAAAAUUGCUUUAUGGAGAGUGUAAGCUCUUUGCGUUUUGCUGCUAAAGUGAAACAAGUCAAGACUGGUAGUAAAAGAAACAAGAUGAAUGUGCGCACUAUGAAACAGUGAAACAAAGAUAAAUUUUUAAUUUCAACAAGCUUGUCAAUUAAAUGUUAAAUACAUACUUAUACAAAAGUGACAUGAUUGAAAUUAUUUAUGUAUGGUAACAGAGUGCUCUAUAUUAACAAAUAAUUUUAAUAAUAAAGAAUAUUUUUUGCUAGGUAUUGUAGCAAAACGCCCCAAGUACUCUAUUUAAUUAGUUAGAUGGUAAAUGACGAGCGGUAUAUUGAUGGUGUUUAUUUCCUUGAAGCUGCUACCUAUAAAAUUGUGGAGGGUCUAUUCGCAAAAGAGAGAAACAAACUAUUGAGGUUUACUAAAUUAUAUUUUAUUAUACAUAAAACCAAAAAUUUAAAUAGGCAAGAUAUCUUUCAAUUCUGACAGCCACUUCUAAUUUUCCCAAUUCAAAUUAUUUCACAUCCGUUCAAAUAUCAUUAUUACGGACCAGGAAAUAUUCAUAAAAGAAGAAACGCCCUACUUCUACUAUUCUUAAUAACUUAUAAGUUUAUCCAUUACAACACUUCCGAUUCACAUUCCUAUCAAACUACCUUUCACCUAUAUCUAUAAAUUCUUAAAAAUUCCUAAGUCCGUUACUGACUGCUUAUGCAAAAUCAAAAUACCUAAUUAUUUGUUUAUUAAUAUAGGUAUUACUAACUUUAUUCAUAAAAAACCUUACAAUAAUUUCUACAUGGAAAAUAAAAACCCUAAUUCAAAAUUUCAGCAAUCAAGAUUAUCAAUGUUUCUUCAUGAACAACGAAACUUCCCAUUUACAUACAAUGGUUUAUUUAAAUCAGAACAAUUACUAUUUUCGAAUUCCUAGCCAACAAACAUAAUUAUUUAUUUCUUAUUAGAUUCGUUACUAUAGCCCUUAAACUUCAAUUUGGACAAUCCAAUUUAAAAUUCUUUGAUAAUUCCUACUCAAAAUCGAUACUGGUUAAGUGCAUUAUAAAUUCCCCUUUGCAAAAUUAAUUAAAAUGUCAUUAUACUCGAAGGCAAUUAAAUUUAUGCAAUAAUGUUCCAUAGUCAAAAAAACUGGAGUUAUGAAUAUCUAUGCAAUAAAGUUCCAAAGUUAAUUCACUUCAUAGUCAUUCAUCAUUUAUAAAGUCAAAAAGUUUUACUAGUCAAAAUCACUCAAGUUUUUAGGCAUUAAAAGUCAUUGUCAAUUCACUUCUCAUCAUUCAGAAUUAUUGUUAUAAGUCAGAAAAAAAAAAUCACCAAAGUACUUACAUUUAACUUUUCACACGUAAAAUUACUUAAUUUAAUUAAAAUCUCCAGAGCACGCACAUAAUAUUGAACGAAUUUAACUAUUCUUUCUUUUACAAUUUUCCGUUACUAUUUCCGAGGCAAUAGAAGAAACUUUCGCGAAUUUUACUCGGACUGACACAUUAGGUAGGUACUGUAGACUUUAACUCAAACUGGACUGAACUAACAACUCAACUGACAACUCACGUCCACUUCUAAAACCGCCUGUUUUAUAUUUCUCGAUUCCCCCCCAAAGUAUUAUUAAUUAUCUACCAAAAUCGUCAAUAGGCGGUGGUUUGACCAUCAAUGAGUCAAUUCCAUUGGCCGACCUAGAUAUUAUCAAAAAAUAAUGAUGCAAUCUAUUUGAAAUUUUUAUCAUUUUAAUUUGUUCAAAAUCGAAUAAUUAUUUGGCAAUAUCCUGAUUUAUAGGGGUCAACACAUCUUUGGUUCAAGAAUGUGAGGACAACACAAAGAAAGCCGACACACGUGUGCCAUAAAUCAUCGAUUUAAUUACUAUGCCCUCGCUUUUAAUAUUUUUUUAGGAAUUUUAGAUGAUGACACAGGCUUGGUGACGAAAUACCUAAUAUAAUUUUGAACGUAUUUGGGAUCAACGUUAAUUUGUUUCAUUUUCAAUUUAUUGAUAGUGAUUUGAAAUACAGGAAAUUCAGUUUUUGACCAUUUGAUUACAUUCAAUUUUUACAGUAAAGACACUGUAAUUAUCGUAGGUAAUACCAUAAGAGCUCAGAUUUAGCCGGAUAUUUUUUGGCUUGGUCUCGAAUUCUUACUUUCAGGAAAUUUAACGAAAGCUGUUCCGUUAACGGAACAGAUCGAGAGCAUAAAGCAAUUUUCAAUUGGGAAAAUAUUCACUAUCAUUAAAGUUUUGGAAUUUCCCCCUAAGCUGGAUUGCAGCAAAUUUGUCAAUUUUGAUUUCCUAUAAGGGAUAUUGACUUGAUUUGUUAUGUAAAUGUUGAAUGACAUCAUUAAGAGUGGCCAAGCUUUUAUUGAUGUUUUUGGUUUCUGUUAGUCUCUCGCCUGUCACUUUGUACACCAGAUCUUCCAAAGAUCCUUCUAAAUGAAUUUUUGUGACAGCGUGUGACCGACUACUAUGCUCAUUGAAAUCAGUAGCUGCUGUUGCCCUGUUCCCGUGCGCCAAUAUCAUGUAAUGUUCUAAUUCUGCUGCCGAAAUAAUUGUCUAUAUUGUAUUGACCAAUUUGUCACUGAUAUCUCUUUUCCUUCAUUGAAACAAAUUUCGUGUUUUUGCCUCUGAUCUGUGGUGAGCAAAUCUCUUAUAUUUUCAUUGUAAAUCUCCAAAAAGCUUGCUUUCGCAUCCACGUCUUUGAAGCUCAGCAAUGUUUUAAAAAAUUAGUAAUCCUAGAAAUCAUUCCUGUUUGGAUUCCAGCACCGCCUUGCAUAGUAUAAGUUUUACCUGACCCAGUCUGGCCAUAGGCAGAAUCGCAGACAUUGUAUCCGUCAAGAGCACACUGUACCAAUUGUGCAAGAUCCUCAAACAACUCUACUUGGGAACUCUGGGAGGCAAACACUUUGUCAUAGGUAAACUCAGAUUUUAACUCUUUUAACAAGUGAAUUGAUCAUAGCUUUCGCGGCUCUUACUGAUUUCAAUACCCCAAAGUAUUAUUAAUUAUCCACCAAAAUCGUCAAUAGGCGGUGGUUUGACCAUCAAUAAGUCAAUUCCAUUGGCCGACCUAGAUAUUAUCAAAAAAUAAUGAUGCAAUCUAUUUGAAAUUUUUAUCAUUUUAAUUUGUUCAAAAUCGAAUAAUUAUUUGGCAAUAUCCUUAUUUAUAGGGGUCAACACAUCUUUGGUUCAAGAAUGUGAGGACAACGCAAAGAAAGCCGACACACGUGUGCCAUAAAUCAUCGAUUUAAUUACUAUGCCCUCGCUUUUAAUAUUUUUUUAGGAAUUUUAGAUGAUGACACAGGCUUGGUGACGAGAUACCUAAUAUAAUUUUGAACGUAUUUGGGAUCAACGUUAAUUUGUUUCAUUUUCAAUUUAUUGAUAGUGAUUUGAAAUACAGGAAAUUCAGUUUUUGACCAUUUGAUUACAUUCAAUUUUUACAGUAAAGACAUUGUAAUUAUCGUAGGCAAUUCCACUCAUGUAUAAAUAAUCCCAUUUAAACUGUCAAAAAUUGUAGUUUGCUAGCGGAUAAAUAGGAAGGAAGAGAAAAUAUAACUGGAUAAAAAAAUCGGAUAAAUUUUCUGUUGAUGCAAUCGUUACCAUAGUAAAAAUUGCAUAUUAAAUUGGUUUUUGAAUCAUAUGUCAAAUAAUUGUCACACAAAUUCAAAAAUUCGAUCAAUUUAGCCCCAAUUUUAGCUUAUUAAAAGUGUUUUGUUAUCUGAGAUAAAUAAAUAUUUUGUUUUGAUUUUACAUUCGUGGAAUUGCCGUACUAAAUACCAUUCGAACUCAGAUCUAAAUCUGAGCUCUUAUGGUAUUACCUACGAUAAUACCAUAAGAGCUCAGAUUUAGCCGGAUAUUUUUUGGCUUGGUCUCGAAUUCUUACUUUCAGGAAAUUUAACGAGAGCUGUGUGUGGAACAGAUCGAGAUAAAUUGCCUGAAAGAAGUAUGAGAGGGCAAGCAAAAAAAUAUCCUGCUCAAAAUCUGAGCUCGAAUGGUAUUUAGUACGGCAAUUCCACGAAUGCAUAAUCAAAAUAAAAUAUGGAAAUGCUUUUUAAAAUGAACAGUUCCUGAAGGUACAAUUAGAAUACAUUUUUGCCCCUUAGAAUUUGACUCUACAGAAAGAGAAAAAUACUCUUGAUAAGAUAAUUUCGGUCAAUUCUUAUUCAAUGUACUAUAAAUUAAAUUAAAUAAAAUAUAAAUAAAUAUUUUUUUUUUCUCCACUCUUUUUAUGAGAAUAUCUUUUCUCCUUUGUUUUUUAUUUUUGGUUUUGUUUGUUGUAGAUUAUUUGCGCUUAGACAUGAUAGUAAAGGGAAAAGGGAACAACACGAGUGUGUGCUACAUAAAUAUAAAUAUCGUAAAUACAAUAUUUUUAAAAGGGAGGGCGGUUUUGAUUGCCAUUGGGGGGGGGGGGGGGCGAAUUUUUGGGACGAGUGGGUUGAGGGGUGUUCUUUUUCUUAAAGUUACGAAUGGCGAAUAGACGGGACAGGGACGAAUGCGAAGAACCUAAAAAUUUCUCCGUUGGGCACUUAAAUAUCAGAUCUAUGAAUACCGGUUUUCAUGAAUUUGCUUCUUACGUUGAACAUUAUAGAUUUGAGAUAUUAGCAUUAUCGGAGACAUGGCUCUCUCAAGAUCAACCCUCGCAUGCUUUUCAAAUUCCAGGAUAUAACUUUAUCAGGAGGGAUAGGCAGGAGAGGGGUGGUGGAAUUGCAAUGUACGUAAAAAAAGGACUAGCGUUCAAAAAAAUAUCUCUUGAAUUUGACUCGGAGAACUUGUUCGAAUUUAUGUGUAUUGAGUUUGUAUUUUGCUCAAGAAAAUACUUCUUAAUAUCUAUAUACCGCGCUCCGUCAAGGAAUGCUCCACAAUUUAACCAAAAACUAGAAGACUUGCUCACACUAACAACCCCUUUGUACGAAAAUAUUAUUAUUACCGGAGACCUAAAUAUAAACCUUCUGGAAAAUUCAGCAUGUACUGUGAAUUUUAAAAACAUUUUAAACAAUUUUAGUCUCAAUCAACUGAUUGAUAGACCCACUAGAAUUGACAGUCAUUCUGCAACCCUGAUAGACCUCAUGAUUGCAAGCUCAAACCUAGAAGUCAUAGAUAGUAGCUCAAUCGAAAUCUCUGAUCAAAUAACUGAUCAUAACUUAAUCUACAUCAGUAUUAACCUGCCGAAACUUCAAGUAAGGCCAAGAUUGGUAUAUUUUAGAAAUUAUAAUAAUAUUAAUUUGAACAUUUUCAACCAAGAUGCACUAAAUAUACAGUGGGAUCAAAUAUACAGAAUACCAGGCAUUGAGGAAAAGACAUGCUCCAUUACAAGCUAAACAAGUUAAAGAAGGGCUAUAUACCCCUUGGAUCACUCAAAAUAUCCGGCUGUUAAUGAAACUUCGUGACAAAGCUAGACGAGCCUAUAAUAAAAAUAAAACUGAACCAAAACUGCAAUACUAUCGAGAGCUGAGAAAUUAUACUAAGCAUGCGAUACUACGGGAGAAGGCCGCUUUCUUCGACCAACUUUCUUCAAAGAAGGGAAAAGAAUUCUGGCAAACAGCUAAGAAGCUUAAAUUAACAAGCAAAAACGCUAUUCAGGAGCUACCUCAUCAGUUUGAUAACCCGGUCGAAAUUAACAAACAUUUUUUAUCAAACACUCAUACUGGGGUUACGACAUCUGAAGACAGAGUAAACUUUUAUCUUUCCAAUAAAAAUCAAAAUGUAGCUGAAAACUUUAAUUUUACUCUCAUAGACACAGAAACAGUUAUAAAACUUCUAAACCAAAUAAAAACCAAUGCUAUUGGGGUAGAUGGAAUUUCUAAAAAGGACCUGGAAAUAUGUCUAACAUACAUCAUAGGCCCCCUGACAAACAUCAUCAACACAUGCCUGUUAGAGAGUGUGUUCCCAGACAUCUGGAAAAAAAGCGUCAUCAAGCCUAUCCCGAAAACUGCAGAGCCACUUAGUCUCAACGAUCUUAGACCCAUCAGUAUAUUACCCACCAUGUCAAAAGUCAUUGAAAAAUUUAUUUUUGACCAAAUUAGCAGCUUCUCAGAAAAGUUUAAAAUCAUUCCCAAUUGUCAGUCAGGCUUUAGAAGACACUUUAGUACAUCAUCAUGUUUAGUAAAAGUUCUCAACGACAUCAGACACAACGAGGAAGUAAAAUCAUCGACAUGCCUCACAAUGCUGGAUUUCAGUAAAGCAUUUGACACUUUAGAUCAUAAAAUGAUGGUGGCAAAGCUUCACUACUACAAUUUUUCUCAGUCUGUAAUCGAUUUCUUUUCAAAUUUCUUACAUAAUAGAGCUUCCUCUGUGUCGAUUGCCACUGAAUCUGAGGUAAAGAGGUCAGAAUUUGAACCAAUAACUAAAGGUGUCCCACAAGGAUCAAUUCUCUCGCCCCUUUUAUUUUCCAUUUAUGUGGCGGACAUGCACAGUUGCCUUGUUCAUAGUUCACUACAACAAUAUGCAGAUGAUUCACAACUUUAUAUACCAAUUAAUCAUAGAGAUGAAAAUCUGGCAGAUUGUAACACUAAAAUAAAUUUAGAUUUCGAUAGAAUAUUUACCUAUGCAGAUAACCACAACCUUAAAAUAAAUGCAACAAAAUCCCAGUCAAUUUUAGUAGACCAGAACGGGCAAGUAAGGGAGCGCCUGCAGAAAAAUAUGUUAGUUACAUUAAAUAAUGAAACCAUCCCCUUUAAAUCGGAAGCAAAAAAUCUGGGCAUAAUCAUUGACGAAGCAACAAGAUUUGAGUCACACAUCAAUCAAAAACUAAAAACGGCCUACUACCGCUUAAAAAAUAUAUAUUACUUAAAAAAUUGUUUACCAUCAAAAAUUAAAUAUUUUCUUUGUGAUACUCUAAUUUUGUCAUUAUUUGACUACGGAGAUGUUGUAUACUCCGACUCGAUAACAGGUUUAUACAAAGGGAAAAUCCAAAAACUACAAAACACAUGCAUGAGAUUUUCUUUUAAUAUUCCCUACCGACAUCACAUAACCCCAUAUCUGAACGACAACAAAAUUUUAAACAUGAAGAACAGAAGAGAAUGUCACAUGUCUUGCUUUAUUUUCAAGAUAAUUAAAACUGGGAAACCGGAGUAUCUGCUCAGUUGUCUGAUACCACUACAACACACCUACGAAACUAGAAACGAUAAUCUAUAUAGAAUUCCUGUUCACCAUACAACAAACUUUCAAAAAUCAUUUACAUAUACAGCAUCCAAAAUCUGGAAUAAUCUACCAAAUAAUAUAAAAUCUCUUACAUUCUAUAGUUUCAAAAGGCAUGUAAAAUCAAUGCUUCUGCAGGGCCAACUGUAGGAAUUUAGCCUAUGUGUACAUGUUUUAUUAUUUUUUAAUCACUUUUUUUUUUUCUCUUCUCUCUGCGCUUGCAUGUCUGGGCACAUACAGAUUACACAAUUGGGUGCGCGCAUUCGCUUUUGACUUAAAAUACUAGAUAUAAAUAAUAAUUAAUACUACUAAAUGCGGUCUGGACCGUCAACCAUUCGUCUCUCGCCCUCCGUCGUCGUCGUCGUCACUCUCCCCCAACUACCCCUUCCAUAAUCAGGAAAAACUUCUCAGCACGCACUCGUGGAAAUCCCACCCUCCGACACAUCGCUUAUGUAAUACAUUAGUUUUAUUAUUUUCGUUUUAUUUUAUUUUAUUUGAUCUUAUUUACUUUACCUUAGUUUUUCUUUUCUAAUACCCUUUGUUCAAACCGGAAUUAUUUUAGGUUAUAUUAGGUUAAUAGGUCUGUCCCACUCUCGGGCUUCUUUUGUUAGAAACCCGAGAGCAUCGGUUACUGAAAAAUCGCGGGAUGGUCCAUUUUGCCCGAGUGUCAAUAUUAUUUAUUAUAUUUGCAUAAUAUUUAAAUGUUUUUUUUCCAGCGAUGUAAUUGACUCUGAAUGGCAAAUAAAUUAUUUUUGAAAUUUUUUUUAAAAAUUUUAUUUUUGAAAUUUUGAAAAAUAUAGAAUUUCAGCAUAAAAUUAGGUGCCUGCCUCGUAAAAUGUGGUUCGGUCGGUGAACCCUCUGUGAUUUAUGGGUUACUUUUCUCAAUUUUACGAUAAUAUUAUCCGAGUAUUUAUCAGUUCGUUCAACCUAAUUAUGAGCGAGCUUUUCCUAUCCCUAAUUUCAUAUCCCUAAUUUCAUAUUUCUUAAAAAUAUCUGUUAUAUUUUUAAUUUUACUAAAACAACAAAAGUAAUACGAAAUUUGACUUUUCCUGUGUAAUUUCGCAACUUCAUUUACAAUAAUAAUUAUUAAAGAUCAAUUAUGAAUCUUUAUUAAAAACUAGAUUUUAUCCUGGCAUCAAAAAUUUUUCCUAAUUUUCUUCAUUAAUACAAUUUCCAUUUAAUAUUUCCCUUCAAAAUUGUUGAUGCUAGAACGACACAAAACAAAUUUCAAUCUUACAAAAUAAUUACCCUUGCUUGUUGGUUGGGCCUUGCGGCCUUCCACGUAUUUGGGGUCAACGUUAAUUUGUUUGAUUUUCAAUAUAUUGAUACUGAUUUGAAAUACAGGAAAUUCAGUUUUUGACCAUUUGAUUACAUUUAAUUUUUACAGUAAAGACAUUGUAAUUAUCGGGACUAUUUUUUCGGAUCAUUACAGUAUUAAUAAAUAAAUUAAUGUAGUUGAGAAUUAAAUUUGUACCUUAAUAGCCAUCAAGUUUUCUUGUAUAUCUAUUUGAAAAAGUUCAACAUGUAUUAUUUGUUUAAAUCUUGAUUUUAUCCUUGUUAGAUAAAAGUCUUUUAUGCACAAAUUGUUAUGAAUUCUGGCAAGGCUUCAUGGAUAUUAAACGGAUGUGAUAUCCAAUUUAAUAUCCAUGAAGCCUUACCAGAAUUUAUAACAAUUUGUGACAUCAUUAAGAGUGGCCAAGCAUUUUUUGAUGUUUUUGGUUUCUGUUAGUUUCUCGCCUGCUACUGAUUGCUUAGCGUUUUCUGAACCAGCCGGAUCAACUGAAUUCAAACUGCCUUUGUAUACCAGAUUUUCCAAAGUUCCUCCUAAAUGAAUUUUUAUGACAGCGUGUGACCGACUACUAUGCUUAUUAAAAUCAGUAAUUGCUGUUGUCCUGUUCCCGUGCGCCAAUAUCAUAUAAUCUUCUAAUUCUACUGCCAAUUUAAUUGUCUGUAUUGUAUUGACCAAUUAGUCACUUUUCCUUCAUUGAAACAAAUUUCGUGUUUCUGCCCCUGAUCUGUGAUGAGCAAAUCUGUUAUAUUUUCAUUGUAAAUCUCCAAAAACCUUGCUUUUACUGUAUAAGACCAUUUACGUCUUUGAAGCUCAGCAAUGUUUUUAAAAAUUAGUUCAAAAGUAUUAGGAACCAUUCCUGUUUGGAUUCCAGCACCGCCUUGCAUAGUAUAAGUUUUACCUGACCCAGUCCGGCCAUAGGCAGAAACGCACACAUUGUAUCCGUCAAGAGCACACUGUACCAAUUGUUCAAGAUCCUCAAACAAGUCUACUUGGGAACUCUGGGAGGCAAACACUUUGUCAUAGGUAAACUCAGAUUUUAACUCUUUUAAUUUGCCAGUGAAUUGAUCAUAGUUUUCGCGGCUUUUACUGUUUUCAAUACCGUUUUCAUUAAUAUACUCUAUGUUACACUGAAUUUGUUUUAACUCUGAACGAAGUGAUGGUCUGACCCUGCAAAAGACUCUAAUAUUGCCUUUCAAAUCUUGGAUGAUAUUGUGUAGCACUUUCCUUUUAGUUUGAUACUUAAUCAAAUAACUUUUUUGUAAUGUAACAACUUCCUUCUUGUGCUCUUUUCAUUAUUUAUAAAUGAUGUCCUAUUAUGGUUUAAAACAUCCCAAUGUCUCUUUUACACCGACGACCUCAAACUCUUUAGCUCAGUUGGCCCUGGUCUCAAUGUCUUGCAGUCUGACCUUGACAGACUAUAUUGUUGUAUGGUGCGAAUCAAACUUCCUGUCAAUUAAUAUCUCUAAAUGUAAAUCUAUCUGUUUUCACAAACGUCGGAACCCAUUGAAUAAUACCCUUAAGAUUAAUGAUUCAAUAAUUGAAAAUGUAUCAUCUAUUAUUAUUAGGAUUUUAAGAACUUGAAAAUUCUUACUUUAACAUCAAUUCUCAUACUUGAAACAGCAAGUUUAGUGUAUAAAAACUAUAGUAACAACGAAGGUGAUAGAACUGCACAAGUAACUCGCCAACAAAACCAUGUUGCCUUACCUAUUCCUAAAAGCUCCCUUACAAAAAAAUCUAUAAUAUAUGAGGGAAAAAAGAUUUUCAAUCACUAACCUGCGGAUAUUAGAUGUGCUGCCUCGGCUGUCAUUAAUUUAAGAAGAAAGCUCAAGAAGGCCUUAUUACAAAAAUCAAUUUACACUCUUGACGAAUUUUAAAAUCAAAGUAUUUCUUGUUGACAAAUUUUCAAUAAAUAAUAGGUAAUUAUUUGUUUUUAUUUACUGCCUGUAAGUUGGUUUUUGUUUUCAUACUAAUGUGCUGCAAGCAAGAGCCCAAUAUGUCUUGUUUGGUUUUUGUUAAUGAUUUAAUCAAUUUUGUCCGCGUAAUGUUAAGUAUUUAAAAUUUUAAUGUGUUAAAUGUACCUACUGUUUUUGAAAUUCGUUUAUACAUACAACUAGUUUUAGUCAAUAAUAUGUUAUAGUCUGCUUUGUCUACAGACCUGUAUUCUUGACAAUAAAGUAUUUUUCUAUUCUAUUCUAUUUUAUUCUAAUGAUCUAGGAGGGACACUAGACUUUUGCUUUGUGGUGUUAAAAGCCUUGAGUUUCGUUGAAGAAAUGCUAAUUUGUUGUUUCUCUACUAACUUCUCAAUGGAGUAAUUGCCUGCAUUCAACUUCUAAACUUGAUCAUAUUUUUAAUUCCAAUAAGAGGUACUUACAAGACAAGUGCAGUUAUUUUACGAGCGUUAUCACAGAACUAACUAUGACCUUAAUGCUUUUGUAGAUCGUCUAGUUUAUAAUUAUAAUAGGUAUUUUCACGAUUGUGAUCUUUUCUCUUUUAGUUUGGUAGGUAUCUGUAUCUGUAAUUUGCCUUUUCUGUAGGGAGUGGCUGACUGUGCCACUUCGUUAUGUCCUUUGUUGGUUGUGAAUAUUUGUUUUUGUUUUUAUCUUUGUACCAUUUAGAAUAUUUUAUUCUGUAGUGUGCUGAAUUUGU